AUGGCACACCCCGAGAUCUCUAGCCUCUCGAUUAAUGAUGGAGCGAAUAGAAACAAUAUUUUGACGGGGAAACAAGAGCACUAUUUAAAGCGAGAGCUUAUUGGUACCCAGGUUAGAUUCGAGAUUGCAGAGCUCAACUCACCGACUGCGCUUCAGCGCUUCGGCGCCCCAUUUAGAUCACCACUUGGAGAGGUUGCUCCCGUGGAUAGUGAGCUGCCGAUUCUCAGAUACAUUUUUGUACACCAUGUUCGAAAAUUCCCGUUUCUCAAUCAAGCGAAGGAGAAGGAGUUUUGGCAAGAUCGACUGCAAGUGUUCCUUGAGUCGUUUGCAAACAAACGCAUCUCCUCAUCCGAAGAUCGACUCGAAGAAACCAAACGUCGCAAACUCGCCCUAAAAUGCGAGAAGCUUGUUGAACUAAUGAUGAACUCUGGUAUUCCAACAGCUUCUGGAUAUGAAGAACGAGUAGGAUUCGAAGAGAUUGAGGCAGCCGGUGGAGCAGACAGAGCAGCUCAUGAAGGCGGUCUAUUGAUAAAUGUACCAGAAGGAAACUGGAUUAACGGGUGGGACGUGAAUAUUGCUUCUGUGAGGCAAAUAAGUGUUAAGAGGACCGUUCGACAUCACAUACAUGCUGAAUUCCUUCUUCGCACAAAAAGAGUGAAUCAACCUGAUGUUGUAGUAGGUCGCAGAUACGGCGCUUUUGUACGGCUGCACAAAGAGUUGCGACAAGAAAUUCCAGGAAAGGUUCUCCCACCCCUUCCCCGCAAAUCCCAAAGCUCCUCUGCAUCCGCCUAUCUUUCCCAGUCUACAGGGGAUGACCGCUCCUCAAUAUCUUCCAAUUCAAGUUUGACAUCUUCGUCAGGCGACUCACAUCCUAAUAACGGGAACGGUUCAAAAUCACAUGCCCGUUCACAAUCCCUUGGAUCGUCUCUAGGGUCAUCACUUGGCCUUAGUAGAAGUCGAAAUGCAUCACGAAGCUCUCUUGACCACCCUCCUGUAGAGCUUUGGCGCGAAAACCAGAGAAUAUCAUUAAGAGCUUUCCUGAGAGCUUUGCUGGGAGACGAGCAGAUUGCUAAGAGUAGAGCAAUAACAAAGUUUUUGCUUGAAAACCCGAUCACCUUGAAUGCGGAGGAGAGAGUCGACGAGGAAAGAAGGAGAGCGAUGGAUAAUAUCCGAAUCGAAGAACAGAGGCGGUUCUAUGAGAUUGCAAGACAAAGAGCGAGGGAAUUGGACGUUUAUAUGGAGAGCUUCCGACGGGAAAUCGUUGAAUCAAAUGGUCUCACAAAACUUUUUGCGGAGAUUAGGCAGAAGGAUAAACUUGCAGACCUCUCUAUCCAAUACAAAAAAUUUGCUGAAUGGCUCCGUAUCGAAGUGGCGGCAACAAUAUAUCAUCUAUUUCUAGCCGAAGACAACUCCAGCGAACUCUUUGCACAAGGGAAGAGAAUACACUCACUGAUUCCUUAUACUGUUCUCAAAAACGUUAUCCGUAUCGCCAAUCCUGCUGCCGUUAUGUCUGGUGUUCUUGAUCUAUUCUUGGCCACACCUUUUGGAUCAAGAUCAUUGAUGCAGAGAGUUUUGAGUAUGGCGAUAGGAGAUGGUAUCAAACAGUUGCAGAAAAGCAUCGAUUCGCUAACUUUGGAUAUCGCCGAUCCGGUCCUCUGCGCCAAGUUGAAAGAGUUCACCGAGGCAGAUGAGGAGGUUAAACAGCAAAUUAGAGAAGAUGCAGAAGAAGAUCGCGUAGAUAUCAUCGUUGCCAUCCUCAGGAGCGAGUACAUUCAGCCCGAGCUAGAAUCAAAGCAGAUUGAAACAGUUUUCAAUGCUUAUGUUGCAUGGAACAACGCCGUCGAAAACGUCCAGGAUGAUAUGAGAGCAUCCGCACAACUAUUUGCGCAUCUCAAGCAGCUACUCAAAUUGUAUACCCGCCAGCGCGAUAAGAAUAUGAUGCUGGAAAUGAUCGGAGAACCAGUAACAUUGCAGUUGUUUAGAGAUCUGUUCACAAUCUUCUAUGAACCCCUCAUUCGCGUUUACAAGUCUGCAAAUGUCUACAACUCUGUCACCGAUUUUUCAAUAUUCAUCGAUGACAUGAUCAAGGUUGUGGAGAAAGCACAGAACCAGGACAUGUCUAGCGAUCCGAAUCAGACCGUGCAAUCAUUUAUAGACCUCUGCGCAAGGCAUGAAAAUAACUUCUAUAAGUUUGUUCAUGAAGUGCAUAUACAUGACGAUGGAUUGUUUGAGAAUCUCAUGGGAUGGCUUGAGGGUAUUCUCGGUUUUCUAAGGAAGGGUCCCGCAGGAGGUGCACUUGACAUGAACGAGUUGAUGAGGCACGCCGUUGAGACUGGUGUGGUUGAUGGCGUUAAGGCCAAAGAUGAGAUAGACCAGUUGAUCAAAUGGCAGGCGAGAAGGAGAAAGUGGCAUGAGGACAAGACGAGACAGAAGAUGGCUACCGCUGGUGAAGACCAAUCUGCUUGGUUAUCCACUGGACCCGAAAACCAGUUUAGCGUUGGUGAUUUUGGCAUUGCGGAUGGUGAUCUCGAUGACCUCAAUAACGUCGACGACGACGAGCUAUCCGGCGAUGAAAAUGAAAGCGACGACCAGGCAGACCCAAUUGAGGCCGAGCGAAGGAAACGGAAGAAGAAGCAGGACCAUCUCAGGCGAAGAGCAGGCGAGCCCAUAAAACCGGUGGUUACGGAGGUUCCGAAGCUGAAGGAGCCCUUUUUGUUGCAGUUGAGGCAAGUAUUGGCUGGCUAG